AUGGGGUGUAUGUUGGCACAAGAAGGAGACGAUGGGGUUGAAAGGGAUGUCUACUAUCUAAGCAAAAAAAUGGUGGGAUGCGAAGAGCGUUAUACUCCGUUGGAGAAAACAUUCUGGGCACUCGUCUGGGCUUCUAAAAAGUUGAGACAUUAUAUGCUAGCCUACCCAGUAAGACUGAUUUCUCGAAUGGACCCUCUCAAGUACUUGUUUGAGAAACCUGCUCUCACCGGGAGGAUGGCACGAUGGUUACUAAUGCUAGCAAAAUUUGAAUUAAUAUAUGUUACCAGGAAAUUUGUAAAGGGGAGAGCUGUUGCUAAAUUCCUAGCCGACUGCCUAGUCAAGGAAGGUGAAGAUGUUGAGUUUCAGUUUCUUGAUGAAGACGUAAUGCCUCUAGCUGAGGAUGUUUGGAGGUUAUACUUCGAUGGUGCUGCGAAUCAGAAGGGGUUUGGAAUCGGUGUACUAUUAAUAGAACCCAAUGGGUCUCACAUCCCACUCGCCUUCAAGCUAAACUUUGAGGCUACCAAUAAUCAAGCAAAAUAUGAGGCUUGCAUUGUGGGAAUGGAAGUAGCACUUGAGAUCGGCAUAGAAAAAUUGGAAGUGGUGGGAGAUUCCAACUUGGUAGUGUCACAGACCAAUGGGGACUGGAAAGUUAAGGAGGAAAAACUGAAGCCAUACCAUCAGGACCUCGAAGAUCUCAUCCCCCAUUUCAAUAAGGUGACUUUCACUCAUGUGCCGACACUCAAAAAUCGAUUCGCAGAUGCCUUGGCGGCCUUAGCAUCUAUGGUCGAAAUCCCUCUCAGUGUGAAGCUAAGGCCGAUUGUGAUCGAACAAAGAGAUACGCUGGUAUAUCAACAUGUCAUGACUAUUGACGAGCCCGAUGAUGGUCACCCCUGGUAUUACGACAUUUGA